UUACAGAAAAAUUCACCUUGCAGAUUCUUCCUCGUACGGGUGGUUAUUCACAGGUGGGAGAUAAAUAUAAAAACCCUAAAAUCUCAGGGAAUAAACGAAAAUCCUGAAAAGACCGAUCUGGUGAGGGCCCAUGAAAGCACGGGAAUCGACAAUGAUAACAAGCACAGCGAAAACGCGUGGUGGAGUUUGAAGGUCGUGCUCAAAUCCAUACGCGUUUCCAGAAAAUGCUAAAACAGACAAAAAGAAAUCGGUCUCAUUAUGUUAAGCAUCGUGGGUCAGGAAUUCAUAUGGUGUGCAUUUGGGUAUGCCUGUUGUUACUGGUCCUCACUCUGUUCUACUUCCAGAAAAGUGCAGAUCAAAAUGCCCUGCAAUUGGAUACAGAGAUCAAUUCUUCGACCCGAUCGAAGAAGCUCGAGAUCUUGAAGGAGGAUGAAGAGGAUGAACAGCAGCAGCAGGAGGAGCAGCAGAAUCAGAAGAAUCCAUUAGUAGAAGAGGAGCUGGAACUACCCAGAGAUGCAGAUCAGGACGAUGACGAUUGUGAAGGAAGGAGAAUGUAUAUAUACGAUUUGCCUCCAGAAUUCAACACCCAGAUCUUGAAUUUCUGCGAUGCAUACGAAUCCUGGACCAAUUUCUGCGACCAUAUGAAGAAUGAGGGAUUCGGGCCCAAAACCCACCGGCGUUCCAAGAGCUGGUACAAAACCGAUGUUUACAUGCUGGAACUCAUCUUCCAUGCCCGAGCCCGGAGCUACGAUUGCAGGGUCAUGGAGCCCGCAGAGGCAGAUUUGUUCUUUAUACCAUACUACACGGGUCUGGACGCCCUGCGGUACUUACACGGACCUGAUGUGAACAGAAGCUCGGAGCACGGGCUCCAGGUUGUGCAGUGGCUCAGUGAAACCGGGGGAUCGUUUUGGCGGAGGAAUGGCGGAUCGGAUCACUUUGUGGUAAUGGGUCGGGCUGCCUGGGACUUCAGCAGAUCGCCAUGGCGGGUAGAAGGCUGGGGAACCAGUCUUCUGGAACUUCCAGCCAUGCUGAAUGUGACCAGUCUGGUUCUGGAAUCCCGGCCAUUUCCUUGGCAGGAACAGGCUGUUCCUUAUCCGACGGCCUUCCACCCGGCCGGGUCGCCCAGUUUGGCCCUCUGGACGAGCCGGGUGAGGCGUUCUCCACGCCCCUUUCUGUUCGCCUUUGCAGGCGGUGGUGGCACUGGUGUUUCCCCCAAUGUUAGGCGUAGCAUCCGGACUGAAUGCUCCAAUUCCUCCGCCUUAUGGGCCGAUUCACCGCCUGGAUUGGGGCUCUGGUCUGGUUGUUCAUUCAUCAGCUGUGAUGACGGGCGUUGUGACAGUGAGCCUGGGUAUGUAAUGAGGGCUAUGAUGAAGGCCAAUUUCUGCCUCCAGCCCCCUGGAGACACACCCACGCGAAGGGCUACUUUCGAUGGCAUUGUCGCUGGGUGCAUACCUGUUUUCUUCGAGAAACAGGCAGCUUAUACACAGUAUACCUGGCAUUUGCCUGCCGAUCCCAAGGAGUACUCUGUUUUCAUCAACAAGGAUGAUGUGGUGUUCGGAGGCCUGAAAAUUGGGGAAGUUCUGGCGAACAUUUCGAGGGCGGAGAUCGUCAGGAUGAGGGAGAAGGUUAUUGAAUUGAUUCCCAGGGUCGUUUAUAGGAAGCCCGAGGCUACGGAUGUGGGUUUUAAGGACGCUUUCGAUUUCGCCAUUGAAGGAGUUUUGCAGAGGAUUAAGAACCGGAGAAAUGGGACGACAACUUCAGGAUUACUGUAAGCACGUGGUCCUGUGAAUUUUUUUAUUUGUUUUCGUAGGGAAGGGAUAUAUCUAUUCUUCUGAUAAUCAAGCAAUAAAAGAUCGGUCAAAGAUCGGUGCAAAAGACCGAUCUUUUGCUUCAACGUGUUUAGAAUUUUUCUGUACAUAAAUGUAAUCUUUGGCAGACUGUUGUCUGGCUGGCUCUUUUGUUUUCCUGGUAGCAAAAAGGACUGGUCUUUGUAAGAAGUAUUUUAAGGCCAGAACACAGAGAUUGCCUGAUCUGCUUUCGUCUGCUAGUCAGGAAAUGAGAUUAGAAAGCUGGAAAAGCAUUUAAAGAAUCAGAUCAAUAACACUAAAAUUCUCAUAGAAAUGAAUCUAAUUGUGAAAAAGUGAAUUCGUAAUACUUUUUCAGGUCUUGUUCAGGCGUAGCUAGUGGCGAAUAACAUAAACUGUUCUAUUUAUUUGA